GCAUAAUAACAAUUCCGGACAUGAAGUUUCCCGGCCUGUGGUGCUGCUGCAAGUAGGAAUGUCAUUGCCCCCUUGUAUGUACAUAUGACCAUUAAACACUCUUGCUUCUCCUGCCUUGAAGGGCGGCGCUUGGACCCACGGCGCCUGCCUGUGUGCCGUGAGCGGCUUGGCUUUCCUUGGCAGUCGGUCCAGGGAUCCCCGGGACCUGUUGAGCCCAGGACCACACGGGCCCAGCACCGGGCCACGGCGCCUGUAGAGCCGGGGACGGCACGGCCCAGCACCGGGACACGGCGCCUGUAGAGCCGGGGACGGCACGGCCCAGCACCGGGACACGGCGCCUGUAGAGCCGGGGACGGCACGGCCCAGCACCGGGACACGGCGCCUGUAGAGCCGGGGACGGCACGGCCCAGCACCGGGACACGGCGCCUGCAGAGCCCGGGACAGCACAGCCCAGGACAUGGCGGAGGCUCAAGUGAACUGGGUGGCGGAGGAGAGGAGCGGCCACUGCGCUGUACUGGACGGAUGCUGCCUGUACGUGUGGGGUGGUUAUGUGACAUACGAAAAUAAUGAAGUUUACUUACCCAAUGAUGAAAUCUGGGUUUAUGAAAUUGAAAGUGGUGUAUGGCAGAGGCAACCGAUGAAGGGAGACCUUCCUCGUCCAAUGUCAGGAAGCUGCGCUGCUUGUUUGAACGGAGUCAUGUAUAUUUUUGGAGGAUAUGAUGAUCUGGGAUAUAGUAAUGAGCUGUAUUGUGUUAAUUUGCAAGUGAAGAAUGAUGUGUUCACAUGGAAGAAGAUUUGUAAUUAUAAAGGAAUUCCCCCUACUCCAAGAGAUAAACUUUCUUGCUGGGUACAUAAAGACAAGUUGAUUUACUUUGGAGGCUAUGGAUGCAAGAAAAUAAGUGAACUAAAUGAUUCGUUUGAUGUGAAUGAAGCAUCCUGGGAAGAAGAAAUGUUCUGGGGUUGGAAUUAUGACAUCCAUGUUUUUGAUCCCAGUAUGAAUAUUUGGUACCAGCCUACAAUCAAGGGCAUAUCUCCACGACCUCGAGCAGCUCAUGCAUGUGCCACAAUGGGAAAUAAGGGUUAUUUAUUUGGAGGAAGGAUACUGGAAACAAGAAUUAAUGAUUUGCAUUGCCUGGACUUAGACACGUGGACAUGGUCCGGAGAGAUUACUGUUAAAGGAGUACGUCCACAGGGACGAUCGUGGCAUACACUGACUCCUGUGACAGAUGAUCAGAUCUUCCUUUUUGGAGGACUAAGUGCAGAAAGUCAACCUCUUAGUGAUGCAUGGAUAUACCAUGUUGGAGCUAGUGAAUGGAGGCAACUGGAUCAUUGUCCUAAAAAUAGACCCAGGUUGUGGCAUACAGCCUGUUUGGGAAAGGAGUAUGAAGUGAUGGUGUUUGGUGGCAGUAAAGAUGACCUGCUUUCAUUUGAUUCUGGUCACUGUAAUGAUGUGCUGAUCUUUCAAACACAGCCAUAUUCACUCUUCAGAUUGUGCUUGGACUGCAUUGCCAAAAACGCCACAGUUUUACAGGGUCAGCUUCCAUGGUUGCCACGUCAAUUGUUGUCUCAAGUGGAGAAAAAAGUCACUUUCUGGGUUUCAGCCGGACGCCAAGAAAAAUGAAAAUGUAUUUUAAACAGAGUUUGAUUUAAGAAUAUUUGCAUAUAUCACAUGUAAUGAUGUAUUGCAAGAGGUAUGUCAUUAUGAUUGGCAAAUGUAAUAUUUGAAAUGUGCAAACCCAAAUUGGGUUGAUAUAAAUGUGAUUGUUAAGUUUUAUUGUAUUCAUGUUGUAGACUGAUUAACAAAGUAGGUAAUUCAUUUUAUAUCAUCCUGGGCCAGAUUCUAAAAUAAAUUGUUUUGACUAAUAA